CAGUGUUGAACAUUAGCCAGCUGGAUAUUGGAUGGAAUCUCCAUGCUGGUCAGGCUGUCGACAAUAGCACUCCAUUUAGGCACAAGGGCACAUCGACUGGCACUAAGAGUCCAUCCAACGACAGCCCAGUUCCAGGGCACGACCAAAGCAAGCAUGAAGACCACAUCACAUACCCUAUCGCCACCUUCUCUGGAAGAGCUCGCCCAAGUCCUGAGUCCGGCACUAAAGGCCAACUUCAAAACAUCCUCAGUUACAGUGGAACGAUGCCCGGACCUACGAAAACCUCCCUAUCACCUUGCAACAGAAGGUCUCUCAGGCCAAGAGUCUGUAGCAGACAUCGGAGGUCAACCAAAUCUCUUUCCUCAACCUCGACUCGAAUGCAAAUACUCCCUGCUAGAGAUCGCUAAAGAGAUGGAGAUGAGCGGAUCGAAAGGCCAGCUGCUGGGAGCAGGAGCUGGUCCCUUUCACGUCAUCGGCAUGAACUCAGAGCUCUCACCAAAUCUCAGCUGGGAGAAAUCCUUUGACAAUGUCAACAAUCUCACGUAUUACACGAAAAUUGAAGAGGACCAUGGGAAACCCAUCGCGAGAUGCGAAAAGAGCCCUUGCGCGGACUGUGCCUUGAUGAUGAACUUGUAUGGCUCAACCGGAAACUCAGGGCCUGUGCUGAAAAUCACCGCUCGAACUCGAACCGGCUCGCAGAAGUCCUUUACAGAAUGCAUUCGCCGCGCUCUCUUCGACAAGUACGGCGACGCUCAUCCGAUCAGCAUCGGCGGCGUGUUUGUAAUGAAGACCGGCAAAGCCCAAUUCCACGUCAUGCCUGACUUCCCGCCCGCGGAGCAACUUCCCUGGACUGAAGGAUCACAGGUGAAUGACUGGCUGACAUGGCAUGAGUUCAUCGCACCCAUCGUGUGUCUCACAGUCU